CCCGAUCUUCGGUAGGCGAACCUUCUCCGUUGACGGCGUAAUUCUUUUUUCGCCUGAGACGUCCACGAGUGUUUGUUUGUUUUUCACUAGGAAUAUUUCUUUUCGACUCUUUUUCCCUUUUGUCGUUGUCUUUUUUUUUAAGUGAAAGACUAAAAUAAAAAAAAUGGCAAGUGAACAGAAGGAGAACGAGCUGGACGUGGAAGAGGAAGUGUGCGAGGACGAGAGCGGCGAGGAGGCGCCCGGUGAACAGGCGUUGAAGAAGAAAAAGAAAAAGAAGAAGAAGAAGAAAAAGAAACAAGCUGAUCAAAACGGAGAAGGUGAAGUGCAGGAACCGACCGAGGUGCAGGGUGAUGCUGUCCAGCCUGUUGCGAAGGGCAUGCCGAAAGAAGCGAACGCCUCUUCCGGGAAGAAGAAGCAGAAGAUGAAGCCACAGACUGACCCACCGAGCAUACCGGUAUGCGAGCUCUUCGCAAAUCAAGGUGGUUAUCCGAAGGGUCUAGAGAUGAAAUAUCCAUCUGACGGUCAAAUCACCGCAAAACACAGAGUCACGAAAGAGGAAAUGAGAGACAAAGAACUCCUCGAAUCGGGCUAUUUUGAAAUUUACAACGACGCCAGGCAGGCCGCUGAGGCCCACCGGCAGACUAGGCAAUAUAUACAGAGGUGGGUGAAGCCGGGCGUGACGGCAAUUGAACUCUGUGAAGAGCUCGAGAGGGUUGCAAGGAUCAUGAUCAAUGAAAACGGCCUCAAGUCAGGGCUCGCAUUCCCAACGGGCUGCUCAAGAAACCACUGUGCCGCCCAUUACACGCCCAACGCCGGUGACAAAACUGUAAUCGGCUAUGACGACGUUACUAAGAUAGAUUUUGGGACUCACGUGAAUGGUAUGGUUAUUGACUGUGCUUGGACGCUGAGCUUCAAUCCAGUGUAUGACAAACUGAUCGAGGCCGUGAGAGAAGCAACUGAGACUGGAAUCAAAACGGCUGGUAUUGACGUCCAACUUUGCGAAGUCGGAGCCGCGAUACAAGAAGUCAUGGAGUCAUACGAGGUCGAAAUCGACGGGAAAGUCUACCCCGUAAAGCCGAUUCGGAACCUGAAUGGUCACUCGAUUGCCCCAUACAGGAUACACGCUGGCAAGACCGUGCCGAUUGUGAAAGGUGGCGAGGCGACCAAGAUGGAAGAGAACGAGUUCUACGCCAUUGAAACAUUUGGCUCGACGGGACGUGGCGUUGUGCACGAUGACAUGGACGUCUCUCACUACAUGAAGAAUUUCGACGCCGGUUUUGUACCGUUGCGCAGCCCGACGUCUAAAUCUCUUCUCUCGGUCAUCAACAAGAAUUUCGGCACGCUGGCUUUCUGCAAGAGGUGGCUCGACCGGCUCGGGCAGACACGGUACCAGAUGGCCCUGAAGGAUCUUUGUGAUAAAGAUAUUGUUAUCGCCUAUCCUCCGUUGUGUGAUAUAAAAGGAUGUUAUACCGCCCAAUUCGAGCACACGAUCGUACUUAAACCGACCUGCAAAGAAGUCAUAAGCAAGGGCACGGAUUAUUGAGGACGAUGCGUUGACAAAGAGGAACUGGGAAGACAUUUAAAAAUUAAAAUAAAUAUAUUAAUAACAAUUAAAAAACUGCUAUCAUUUUUUGUUGCUCUCAAGUGAGAAAGUGUUAAAUUGAAAGAAAGGAAAAAAAGUUGAAUUCUAUCAUGGGCACUGUGAAAUCUGUUUGCGCAUUUGAUAGAGAAAGAAAAAUUUUUUUUUUCAAUUUUAAUUUGUUAACUGAUUUAUUAGUUUUUAUGAAUAUAAGACCAUCCUGUUCAGA